AUGUCUGAUAUAGAAGUCAUCAACCUAGAUACUUCGCCACAUAGAGAUCAACCAUUGGAAAACGUUAUAGAUGUUGACGAGAUCGAUGAAUUCUCUGACGACCAUAAUGGAUUGAUCUAUAGUGAUCCCGAUCAGUUAUGUGAUCUUCUUGGAAUAAAACAAUCGUCAAAAGCAGUUGCAUUGCUACUUUCGUCUUCUCCUCCAUCUUCUUCUCAGCAGUUAGCACCCAUUCGUUCCAGACACGCUGCAAGAGUGUUAUCAGUCGAGAGUGAAAAGAGUGAAACUGAUUGUCCAAGUAGUCAGUCUGGAGUCAUAACCGUCGAGUCAUCGUCAGAUCAAAUUAUCGAUUUUAGUGUGCCAACGUCCCAGUAUACUUCGAUCUCUUGUCGUCGGUCCAGAGCAUCUAAUCAGCACAUCCAAUCAUACAGUGACAUCAGCUCCAUAUCAAAUCACAGUGAUAGUAUCGUGAUUGAAGGUUUGCUGGAUGCUAAUGAAUCUCGGCCCUUAACUUGUACUGCAGCAACUGGAAGCUCGCCUUUACACCAGAUUCACAACUAUCAACCUAUCAAUACCACUCUGGAGCCAAAGACAUCUCAUUCAUGUUUGUCUACACCGCAUUAUACGGACUCGGAACUUCAUAUAAUGUUGGAAACAGCCAAACGUAAUGAUCCAAAGCUUCUAAAACAAGUUAACCUUGUGUCACACACUAAGCCCGAGCUUAUAGCUCAGAUGACUGUGUCAUUUGAUGUGAAACUUAUGGACGAACUCAAGGAGAUCAAUCCCAACUUUACAGAGUUUUUGAAGCCAAUGCACUUUUCCGCCUACCAGAAUCCUGAUAACUAUCCAAGUAUUAUGUUUCAGCGCAAAGUUAACUCCGUUUAUUAUAAAGCUAAGGGAGCCUUCGUUCCCGUGAAGACUCAUUUAGAAAAUGAGAAGAUGAUUGGAUUAUACGUGGACUCCAAGAAACUUCCCCAGAUGUUCAAAUCUCAUUUUUUGGGGGAUACCAUUCGUUCCAUGAGAAAGACCUAUGCGGAUUAUCGUUUGGUGGUGUUUUUAUCUGGAUAUGACUCGUUCUUACAGGGUGUGAGAUCCCGUCAAAACAAAGAGUACAUCAAUAAGGUAAGGCAAGAGAUGACCCAAGAGACGGAAUCCUCAGAUAAUUCAGAAACUACCAAACGUAAGAGAAGAAGGAAGAACAUCAAGGAUAUGGAUGGUGGUGAGGUCAAAUUUACCGCUGAACAGGUUCAAGCGAAAUUACUACGCUACGAAGUUGAUCAUGAUAUCCAUUUAUUUCCUAUAAAGGGAAUUAAAGAUCUUGUGGAAUGGCUCAAGAGCCUCGGUUACACAUUGGCCAGUAAAUAUAUAGAUAACUUGGAGAGAAAUUUGGAUUUCUCAAACAUAGGUCAGAUUAGAUCGGGUAAAGAUGCCCGGGGCUCCUUCAUAGAGAUGUUGAAGCAAUUCAAAUUUAUGACCACGAGUUCUGCAGACAAGCUUGUUGAUGAAACAGGUAUCAAAUCUGUGACGGAAUUGAUGCUUAUGUUGCAACAAGGUGAUAAGCUUGUCAAUUCUGCAGGCCGACCAGUGGUCAGAAGUAAUGUGGAGAACGUGCUACGCAAAGUGCUCUUAUCCGAAGAUGGUGAAGAACUCAUAUAG